AUGUACCCCAACCCUCUCGUCUACUGCACCUGCUGGGAUCCCUGGAACUUGGGACCACAGAAACUAAUCGAGACCCCUCAGCUACCAAGAAAGACCUCCCCAGUGAAAUCCAAGCUAACUCCUCCUCCUCUGGCUUCAAAAAAACAAAAUUAUGCCCAACUGAUAACAAAAUCUGUUAUCGCCCCAAAGCUUGCACUAUACCUUAUCUUCCACCUUGAGGCUCAGGAAAUAAUAAACGUGUCACCUGGCUACCGCUUCGUUCGGAAUAGGGAGCAGAUUUGCGUCACCUUGGGAGACGAGAUGUCUGCUAGGAAAAAGCAUUCAGAAUCAGAGAACAUGGACAAAGUCAGGACUUCCAGGACUGCUAUCAUUACUGACCUCGAAGAACAGAUCUCAGAGCUGACAGCGAUAAUAGAGCAAAUGAACAGAGCCCAUCGUUCUGCCCAAAAACUGCUCGCCAAUGAAAUGGAUCUCCGCUGUGCUGAGAUGCAGAAGAACUUUGAAAGCAAGAGGAGAGAACUCGAGGAGACUCACGCAGCACAGCUCAGUGAGCUGGAGAAAAACUACAAAGCAGCCUUGAAGGCAGAGAAGUUGGCUGCCCAGGAUAAACUAGAGGAUAUGGGAAAGGAAUAUAAGUAUCUGAAGAAUAUGUUUCAUAUAUAUCAGGACAGCAUUUAUGAUGGAAUGGAGAAGUGGUCAGAGAAGAAGGCAGAAUGGGAGAAGGAGUGGGAAAAGAUCCUGUUACAGCAAAGUGAGUACAGAAAGUUUAGACUUUUUGAUGACAGAUGCACCAAGAAACUAGCAUUAAGUUUGGUCUCAACUUGAGGAAGGCAGCCUUGAAGUCACGAAGGAUGAUGGGGGAGCUGCAUGGCUGGACUCCUGAAUGGAAAGGUGCCUGGAGUCUUCAAGAAAGUGCAACAAGGAUAGAGUCUUUUAUGUAGUUUAGCCACCUGAGGGUCUCAACCGUACCCUCCAGAACUCACUGAUUGCAAGUUUGGCAAUCAUGUGCUGGAACGAGCUUGUGGACAUCUGUAGGAUUGCAGACUUGUUUUCUGGGUACAGGUGACCCCGAAGUUCCAGAAAAAAAGCUCUUGAAUUAGUUUCAAAUAUUCACUUGUUGGGGGAGGGGCAACACAGUCCAUACUCCCACGUCCCCCCUAGAGGAAGCCAUGUUGUAUAUAUUUUUCAAUUGAGAUAUAUUUUAAUUGAUAUAAGGUGUACAACAUGUUGAUUUGAUACAGUCAUAUAUUGCUGUGUAUUUUUUAAAUAUUUCCAACACUUAGCACAGAGCCUGGAUCAUACAUAGUGCCCUAUAGGACACUUUCCUACCUCCACUGAGCUUCUUCAU